AUGGUUAUGUCAAAUAAAAUCAAUAAUGUAUAAGAUGCUCUGUUGAAAAUUGCAACCUUUGUGAUUAAUAGCAACGUUGUUUCUAAUGCAAAAGUGGAUAUAAGUUACUUAACAAUUCAUAGAUUUGUGUUAAAGAUUGUGGAGUUGGACAUUAUUUAUCAGAUAAUAAUGAAUGUUUGGCGUGUGAUUAAACUUGUUUCACUUGCAAAGGUCCAACAGACACAGAUUGCAUAACUUGCAAAAGUAAUUUAUAUCUCUCAUCUUCCAGCUUAAAAUGUACAUAAUGCCAAGACCAAUAAUAUUUAGACAAUUAAAAUAAUUGUUAAAGUUGUUUCUCCAUUUGUGAGACUUGUAACGGCCCAUCAAGCAAAUAAUGUACAAGCUGUAAAAAUUAGCUAGUUAUAAGCAAUAUAUCAUCUGAAUGUAUUACUUUAGAUUAAUAAUAUUCAGAAUCAUUAUAAUAUUAUUUUUAAAAUGGCUUUGAGUGUUCUGAAAUAUCAAGUAAAAAUCUGA